GUGCCAGUUGACUAUUCGCAGCGACGUAGGUGGCCCGGAUGUUGACGAGGGGCGUAUAACUUGCCAUGCACUGACAAUGCCGAACCCGCGCGCUUUACGGCAUUCGUCAGCGAAGGAAGCUCCGAGCAACAUGGCAUCCACAGCGCAGCUCGGCUUGACGCAGGCACUAUCACUUAGCAAUCGCCCCUCGGAACAAUGUUGUCAACUCUGCGUCGCUCGCCAUUCGCCUUCAAAAAUAGGGGCUGGGACCAUCGGAACCGAAGAAAAGACGCGAGCGUCGUGGCCAAGCGAGCAGUCCGCACAUUUGUCUCCACAGCUUCGUGUCCAGCGCCCCGAGGAAGACUUCACGAGCAGGAGGUUCCGCCCGCAGAGUUGGCCGUCAAGAGCAGGUCUCCCUUGCUGCUUCCAGGAUCUCGACGUUAAUCCGCACUCUCACUGAAUACACAGACGGUAUCCACUCGACCAUUCCGUGGUCAUAUGAAUUAGAACGCAGUGAGCCCAUCCUUGCACAACUCGGCUGUUCCUAUCUUGUAGCGUGAAGUUGCCCGUUAACGCUGCGCAACACCAUGUCGUAUGAGCACGUGCCCUGUCCUUGCAACCAACUGGAAAGCCAGGACGACCAGUGGACGCCGUCUUCGCUGUGUAACAUUGAAGACUGCGACUACAGCAGCCCCAGGGAAUUCAACAUGAAGCGGCACAGGGCCAACCUCCACGCCUGCUUGAAACACCCUCUCCCGGGCAGGCCGGCGAGAGAACCCAAGGUUUGCUGUGGCGAGUCGUUCGCGACGCUUUAUAGAUACUCUCGUCACCGGGAACUCAAGCAUGGCGACGGGCACCUGUGCCGACUAUGUGGACGCCUCUUCCCCAGGCAGUCGCACCUCGAGAGGCACAUGCUCGUCCACACCCGAAAGAAGCCAUACGGGUGUGGACUAUGCGGCUACGCCACGCCGUCGUUUUCGAACCUGGGACGCCACGUGGGCACGACAAAGUGUCGUCGGGACGCCCGGCGGAUCGCCGCGGGACUCGCCGAGCGAUCCCAGCCGGAAGGCGUCGUGGCGAUCAUACCGGACGUCCCGACAAUGAUUGCCGUACGUGCUCUCAUGGAGCUCGGCCGCGGCGUGCGUAUCUUCGGGCCGGCCCGUUGCGCCCGUCGGCGGGCACGAGGCGUGAAAAGAAGGAAGGUGUAGAGCGUUCUCCAGAAACCCGGUGCACGUGCUUCAUGACAAGUUGUCCCUUACGUGGUUCCUCUUUGAUCAGGCGUGUUAUUUAGGGACCAUGUAUUCAGCGGAGACAAACGAACAAGGUUCUUCGGUAAAUCAAGCACUGGGCAAAAUGCCCAGAAUGGGGGGCCCCGCUAUAGAGAUACGCGAGGGGGGGGGGGGGGGGUUGCUUAUCUAUUCCUAGUCGGUCAACAAAUUCGGCGAACAUGCUACAGACGAUGCAGUAAAAUCUCUCAGCAUCGUUUGUUUCCAGAAUCUAGCGGCUGUAAUCAAAGCUAUUCAAAUAACCAGACCACCUAGACACAUUUGUCAGUUAAUCUGCCGUUUCGUUUAGAAAUCUGCCUUCUUAACCAGGCACCCAAACCAACCAAACCAAUUGGAUUUAUGAUGUACUACAAGCUUAAGCGCCCGAGAAACCUUCGAGUCACGAAACUGAGUGAGGUACACAAGAAAUAUCACCAUCACUACAAAAUCUUGAUUUACGAAGGGAAGAACUGCGACUAGAAUUUCUGUAAAAAAAAAAAAGGAAACAUUAGACCAGACGGUGAAGGGAAAGUGGCCAAUUGAAAAUGCAACACACUGUAUAAAUAGAAUUUUAAUCGUAAUAAUCGGGGCCGCCUCUUAUUCAAUGGAACGAGAAAGGUUUGUGUGUAAUCGAGGACAGCGUAAAUCUGUAAACUAACCAAGUUCAGAAAUGCAUCAUUACAAAUUAUUCCUCCCCACUUGCCACACAUGUGCGAGUGCCUCAUGCGAUGAGCUCAUCGACGUUUAAUUUUCCAGCACACGUUAGCGACCAACAAGUUGGCCUGUUCUGAGACGAGUUGUAUGUUCUACGUACAACACUACAGGCACUGCUUAAAAUACGAAGGAUCGUUUCUUGUUACCCCAAUGGAUCGAUAUUAGUAUGGCGGUCGUGCAAGAACAUGGUCAGCAAUGUGUCACGUGGGUGGAAGAUGAAAUCAAAAUUUUCAACAGGACUGCAACCAUUUUCGUUCCACGCUAGAAUGCAUAGACCCAGAUUUGCACAAAUAACCUUUGUUACUGAAACAGUGGAUUAAAACCCAAACCUCUACAGUAUCCUUGAUCUUUAUCUAUAAUCGCCAUUUCAUUCGAGUAUCUGCGUUGUACUGCACUCGUGCAGUGUACGUACAAACUAUGUAUCACUUACAUCGAAUGCACAUCUUUCGUGGCAAAUCCAGUUUCAGGGGUGCUCUGGACAUUGACGAAUUACGCCAUGUUGCCGAAUUCACCGCCUUGCCUGGCUCAGAGGGUCGCUAAGACCUGAUUGGCUAGAAACGCAAAUGUGAUACAAGCAGCAGCAGACUCUGCGAGCUCUCAGCUGCUCUCUCGAAUAAAUGUUUAAAUAAAUGUUUAAAUAAGUAAUAAUUCAAAUGAAUAAAUGUUUAAAUGAAUAACCACAAAUCAUCAAAAGUCAUCCACCGCACAGCCCGGUGAGAGUGCGUGCGUGCAUUCGAUGAUCAUGACCAAACUUUCGUUUUCUUUUUCUUUGCACCAGCGUUCUUUAGGCCCUAAUAUUUAUAGCGCGAGAGAGUUAAGCAAUCUGGUCAUGCUGUUGCGAGCACCUGCACCGGGUUUCCCUAGACGCUCUCUGCCUGACAGUGCCUUCCUUUGGCUGCCUUCGUUACGCGCAGCGGACUGUGUUCGAUCUCCGCGAGCAUGUGCCCCGUGAGUCUGCGCAUUUUUUACACGAUGCUUGCUUGACCCUCACAUACUUAAGUUAUUUAGUCAUUCGUCAUUUCAUUGUCUCGUCUAUUUUUUUUCACUCACCCUCCUUUUGUUCCUUGUGAUCAUGUUGACAUGUGCCAGAGAUGUAUUCUCUUCCAGUAUAGCGAAUACACAACAUAGCCCUUGACGUCAUAUUUAACAAAAUUGGAGGGCAAUCAAUUCGCUGAGGUUCCGUAGUUUGAUAGCAUGUCUUUUUUUCCAGCUUAAUUUUUUUUUGUGCUGUUCUUAAUGUACAUGAAUUCUUUGCUAUCCCGGUAAGAAACUUUUGUAAUCACUCACCAUUUUGCAACUCUGUGAUUUCAACCUUCAUACGAUAUGGGAUUGUAAAUGUGGAUUCACAGAUGGUCUACGGACAGGAUGUAACACGUCUGCGACUGUCUGUAUGUCCAGACUGCAUGCCGCGUAACUGCUCGACCGCACCGCGUGCAACUUUGCUGGUUCGACGCGCCUUUCUCCGAGGAUUGAACCGGGUAUUCUGCACUCAGUGUAAAUUGACUUCACUGGCAGGUGUCUGCGCUCUGCGACAUGUCUGAGCGCACAAUAAUGCUGUCAAAGGCACAAUUGUACAAAGCGUUCCCUCAACGCAGAAGUGUUCUGUCGCAACCUGCCUCCAUUAGCGCACACUUCAGUCAACUUGGUCAUUCAGAGAUGCGCAUUAAUUACCGCGAAGUAUCGGCACAUGUGCCCGAUAUCUGACAAGCUACCAUGGUGCUGUUCUUUUAUUUUCCAUGUUCUGAUCUCGCGGAAUAUUAGUUCAUUGCCUGUUUCACUGUCAUCCAUACAGCAUGCAUAACUCCGGCUAUACGUUGUUUUUUAAUGCAAGUGAGUUUGUCAACUGUUACGACGCGUGCUGCCGUUUAUGACAUUCACCAUUUUGUGUUCAUACUGUGAUAAUUCCCCGUGACCUACAGUGCUGUGAUAAUGCCCUGUGACCUACCAUGCUGUGGUAAUACCGUGUGACCUACCAUGCUGUGGUAAUACCGUGUGACCUACCAUGCUGUGGUAAUACCGUGUGACCUACCAUGCUGUGAUAAUACCGUGUGACCUACCAUGCUGUGAUAAUACCCUGUGACCUACCAUGCUGAGAUUAUACCCUGUGAUGAACAAACUGUCCCGUGCAUACUUCUAUGGUUGAAUAAAGCCACUCUUACCAUUUUAA